AUGGCACUUAGAAAGUCAUCAUUACACAAUAAAAAUGAAAUUGAUGCUACUGGGAAAAAGCAUAUUUUCUAUGUGCAAAACGAAAAAUACCAAUCAUUAAGAAGAAGAAACCGCGGAACUAAAAAUAUUCAUAAAAAUUGCAAUCAAUCUAACCAAUACAUAGAGACUUUGGAGAAACGAAUCGAACAAAUAUUAAAUGAAGUUAAUCAGCUUGAAAAUACUACCGCUACCGGCAAAAAUCAGAGCUCGAAUUUAACCAGGAACGAUUAUAUCGUCUCUCCUGAUUUUUCGCAAAUGAAUACAGAUGUCCUGAUAAAUAUCGCGACACAUUUGAAUUCAACCUUAUACUUUAUCCCUGAACAAUUUAUGUUCGCCAAUUAUUUGAAUUCAAAAUUUAUUCAUUAA